AUGUCCAUUCUCCUCCGCUAUCUAGAAUGGUUUGGCCUCCGAGCCAUCCACGAAACCGGGCGCAACGCCUACCUCAUCCUCGCAGCGCGAUGCCUGCGAAUGACAGCGCACGGCGCCAUCUCACUCAUACUCGCACUCUUCCUCUCCGCGCUGGAAUUCUCAGACUACCAAAUCGGCCUCUUCCUCACGCUGACGCUGCUCGGUGAUGUCUUCCUCGGCGGCCUGCUGACGCUCAUAGCGGACCGCACGGGCAGACGCAAUGUGUUGAUUGGCGGGUCGAUGUUGAUGGUCACGAGCGGGCUUACGUUUGCUUUUGUGAGCAAUUUCUGGGUGCUGUUGGUUGCGGCGGUUGUGGGGGUGGUGAGUGCUACGGGCGGGGACUUUGGGCCGUUUCGAUCGAUUGAGGAGUCUAUUCUCUCCCACUUGACAACCCCGAGGACGCGAGCAGAGGUACUAUCAUGGUACGUGUCGACCUCUAUCUUCGGCUCCGCCCUCGGCAGCGAGCUCUCCGGCCGCAUCAUCCACGCCCUGCAAAACCGCGGCUGGGAGCUCAUAGACGCCUACCACGCCCUCUUUCUCGGCUACGUCCUAAUGGGCACGCUAAACGCCACGCUCUCCUUCCUCCUUACGGACGCCUGCGAAAUCCAGCUCAAGCCAGACGACACCACCUACUCGCAAGUGCCGCAAGAGGAACUCGAGCAGGCUGCCGCGACGCCAAAUCCGCCUGAGAAUCUGGGCCCGUUGCAAGCGAUGCCUUUGUCUCCUGCUAAGCACAACUGGCUGCGGAGGGGUUGGAAAGGCUUGUCGAGUCGCCUGUCGCAGAUUUCCGCUCCGACGCGGAAGAUUAUGUACAAGUUGUGGUUUUUGCUGGCUAUUGACUCGCUUGCGGAUGGUAUGGUGCCGUUUUCGUUGACGAAUUACUAUAUGGAGGAGAAGUUUCAUCCGACCAAGUCGAGUUUGGGGGAUAUCAAUGGCAUUGCAUAUCUUCUAGGAGCCGUGGCUACGGUGUUCGCCGGGCCUUUGGCACGCAAGAUUGGUCUGAUCAAUACGAUGGUCUUCACACACGUCCCAUCCUCAGCCGCCGUGCUCGUUUUUCCCUUCCCUCCGACUUUCUGGCUCACCGUCGUCCUCCUCUUCAUCCGAGCAGGGCUCAACAGCCUCGACCAAGCGCCACGCUCCGCCUUCAUAGCAGCCGUAGUGAAAGCCGACGAGCGCACAGCCGUAAUGGGCAUCACAGCGGUGGUGCGCACCCUAGCCGCCGCCACCGGCCCCUCAGUCACAGGUUUCUUAGCCGGAAGUAACAGAUUCUGGAUCGCUUUCGUAGUAGCUGGAGUAUGUCGGCUGGUCUACGAUUUCGGGCUGUACGCUUUGUUCAUCAACACGAAGCUGUAUCAGCAUGAGGGCGGCGCGGCGGUCGAUCCGGCUGCUAAUGCGGCGCCGCGGCUGAGUGAUGUGGAGAUGGAGUUGGAGAGUUUGGCGGACAGCGAUGAGGGUUCUGAUGAGAGUCCGGGGAAGAAGAGUACGACGGAGGAGUCGUCUGCGGCUAGUAAGAGUCCGCGUUUGAUGCCGAGGGAUGAGCAGCAGCAGCAACGAGUGCGGAGGAGGUCGCCUUCGCCGUUGGCCAAGAUGCAUACGUGA